CCCCCUCCUUCCCCCCCACUACCACCAACAAACCCACCACUCCCCCAAACCCAAUGGCGGCUGCACGACUUGCACGCAGUGCCCUCACCUCGUCGCUGCGUAGGAACGUUAUCGUUCCUCGAAAGUUCCCCGGCAUCACUAGGUCGCUGGCAUCCCCGGCGCCUGUCCUUAUACCCGGAGUUACCACACAAUCAACUACUCUUUCGAAUGGAUUGACGAUCGCUACGGAGCAUUCGCCAUAUGCUCAGACUGCGACUGUCGGAGUUUUCAUCGAUGCUGGGAGCAGGGCGGAGACUGAUAAGACCAACGGAACUGCGCAUUUCUUGGAACAUCUUGCUUUUAAAGGAACCAAGAGCCGAACCCAGGGUCAGUUAGAACUCGAGAUUGAGGACAUGGGUGGCCACUUGAAUGCCUACACCUCACGCGAGAACACAGUCUACUACGCUAAAUCCCUUAAGAAUGAUGUCGGGAGGUCGGUAGAGAUCCUCGCCGACAUUCUCCAGAAUUCCAAACUGGAUGAAUCGGCCAUCGAGCGUGAGCGCGAUGUAAUUCUCCGUGAGCAGGAGGAGGUCGACAAACAACUUGAGGAGGUCGUCUUCGAUCACCUUCACGCCACGGCAUUCCAAGGUCAACCACUCGGUCGCACCAUCCUCGGUCCCAAGGAAAACAUCUUGACGAUAAGUAAGGGGGACUUGAUCGACUACAUCUCUACCAACUACAAGGCUGACCGUAUGGUCCUUACCGGUGCCGGCGGAAUCCCUCAUGAAACUCUUGUCGCACUUGCCGAAAAGCACUUUUCCGGCGUCAAGCCGAGUGAGAACCCUGUGACCCCGGGAUCUGCACGUGGUCCGAAGCCCGAAUUCAUCGGAUCGGAAGUCCGCUUGAGAGAUGAUACUAUUCCUACCGCUCAUAUUGCCAUUGCCGUCGAGGGAGUCAGCUGGAAGGACCCUCACUACUUCACUGCGUUGGUUGCUCAAGCUAUCAUUGGUAAUUGGGACAGAGCCAUGAGUAAUGCCCCAUACUUGGGCAGCAAGCUUUCUUCCUUCGUGCAUAAACACCAAUUGGCCAAUUCAUUCAUGAGCUUCAGCACUUCAUACUCUGACACUGGACUCUGGGGGAUCUACCUAGUCACCGACAAAGUUACUAGAAUCGAUGAUCUUGUACACUUUGCCCUUCGCGAGUGGUCCCGCCUCGCUCUAACUGUGACAGAGUCUGAAGUCGAGCGUGCGAAAGCCCAACUCAAGGGGUCGCUCCUUCUCUCUCUCGACGGUACCACCGCCAUCGCCGAGGACAUUGGCCGUCAGAUCAUCACCACCGGCCGGAGAAUGAACCCUGCCGAGGUCGAGAGGGUUGUUGGUCAAAUCACCGAACAGGACGUUAUUGACUUUGCUCAGCGCAAGAUUUGGGAUCAGGAUAUUGCUAUUAGUGCGUUGGGUAGUAUUGAAGGGCUGUUGGAUUACCAACGCGUUCGCAACGAUACUAGCCGCAACUUUUAAGCCGCUGGCGGGGGCGACGGGGGGGUUGGGUUGGUAGAUAGAAUAGAGGUUUGUGUAGGUGGGGGAAAUGAUGGAUGACCCGUGAAAUCACCUAACGAAAAAAGAAAAAAAAAAGCAGCUGGGGUUCAUUCGCCGAUGUACAAUACACCUACCCUUCUAUAUCCCCAGAAUUUCUUUUUUCUUCCUUCAGCAUUUGGUUUUUCGUCAUACUUCCCUUUCUUUCUCUUUCGCUCAAACAAAAUGGAAGGACAAACGUAACUUUAAGGUGUGAAAUCAAAAAAGAUAAAAAUCAAAAAA